UCGCGUCGUGAGUGGGUGUGUCUCUCAACACAUAAAAUACGACGAGUGGGUUCAUUCUGAGGUAAACUUGUCAGAGAGAACACACAAUAUCCUCGUACGGACUGUUUUGAUCAUUGCGUCACUGAUGGAAAUGUCGCUCCGUAGAACUCUCGCGCUCUUGCUAUUCCUCGCGUGUCUCUCACAACUCAUCUUCACUGCUGAGACUGAGAGCAUUAAGGAAAGGAGGAAAGGAAAGAGGCAGGAGAGCAGAGGUGAUAAUACCAUUGCUGUACUCAAAGGAAAGUUCACAACAAGGGACAAGGCGCAGUGCUCGUGGGUGGCGCGCGGAGAGGACAUGUACACCCUGACAGUUACAUGCAAGCCUGGUAAAGGGGAUGGAUUAACCUGCAGAUACACUGCAAAGCCCGCGACAUGCCCUGAAUAUGCGUCUAACCGUAAGAGCUACUGGAAACAGAUCGCCAGAUCACUCAAAAAACAGAAGAAACUUUGCGUGGAUCCGCGCGCGCUCCUCCGAGCAGGUAUGUGUAAGCGCGCGCCACAAGAUGCGCAUUUUAAACUAACCGAAAUGACACACGCGAAACCCACCAAGGCAGAGAAGACACCGACAACCACGAAUGCAACUUUGCCAGAUACUAAGCGCAAGUGCACGGAGCGCGCUGAUCACAGCAAGCUCGCCAGAGAGAAGUGUGGAGAUUCCUGGGCGAGUUUCUGCACGUUUCUCUUUACCAUAGUACAGAGCGGAGACUGUUGAGUGGAUAUGGACAGCGUGAUUGUGGAGUGAGAAAGAGACUUUAAAUAGUCCUGUAUUGAGUGUGUAAUUUCGUUUUAAUACUACUACUAGAUCUUGUCAUCAUUUUUGUAUGCUGUAAAACAUAACUUUUACUGUAAAUGCAGAAAAAUGUAAAAAAGUGUAGCUGCCGCUGACGCUGCCUACUCUGUGAACUGCAGUACAUCCAUUCAUGUAGGAUUACAAACCUAACUGUAUUUAUGACAUACAAAAUAAAUAUUUUUAUUUAUCUUU